AUGAGGAUUCACCCCUUGGUCGCACUCAGACUGACUCUUCCAUUCCUGGUUCUCUGCCUGCCUGGGCCCGUCUUCCCGGGGGCGAUGGCGCACCCAGUUCCAUCCGAGAGCAGCGGUGCUACCGAGACACGCACGUUAGCAGCUGACAUCAUGCUCGACAAAGUUGUCAGCCAGCUCGAUCUUAAUUUUCUAAUCCAGAUCCUCCUUUGCAUAGUGCUAGGCGGCUGGUUAGUUGUCAUACGUUUUACCCGGCAGGAGAGCGCCGGGUUCUGGGCGUUAUUGACUGCGUCGCUGACGCACGCCUGCUACGUCCACGAUCCCAAGGCCGAUGCGGUUGUGUGUUUAGCAUUAUCACUCAUACUCCUUCGGAUCAACCAGUCUUUUACUCUUUUCACGGUCACAAAGUAUGACAUCAAAUUGCCGUAUCAGCUAAUAGUCAUGGAAAGCAUGGUCGUAUCCAUUCUUAUCCUAGCUGCUGCACUCGCUCACCACGGAGCAAACGAGUCCGCAUCAACAGGUCAACCGUUGCAGAUUGUUGUGUUGCCAUUCUACAUCAGCAUGUCCAAUCUAAUUUCUUUGGAGAGACACGACGUGCAACAAGAUCAUCGGUCAUGA